AUGGCGAACGGGGCAGUCAAUGGCAAACACCACCAGAAGGUGACAUGGGACAUGGCAACUGCCACCCCGAACGUCCUGCCCGUCGCGGAUGGAAGGCUGCUCAUGGCUUUGUGCGAUGGUGGCUUGCAGUACGUGUUUGGAGGCGUUAGAGCCACAGUCGGCGCGAAGGGCGGAUGUUCCAUGUUCGAGAUCACGAUCGUGGAGCUGCUGGAGCCCAUAGAAGGCGAGCCGCGCCCACGUGCGGCGCCGGCCUCGCGGCAACUUCUGCGCGUUGGCUUCUCGACGCUAGAAGCGGGGGUGCUGAUGGACAAUGCAGCCGAGGGCCAGGUGUUUGUUGACAGCCUCGGCCAGCUUUCGCUGCCCGGGUCGAAAGCUCGAGUGUUCCAGCGAUUACAUAGAGACGAGGUCGUUGGCUUGAUGCUGAACCUAGACCAGGACAGUCCGGAGGCCAACACUCUCAGCAUUUUCCGCGACGGCGUGCGUGCUUGCCCGCCGCAGAAGCUGCCUGAGGGUCUGACCGGGAAGACGCUGUUCCCGACCGUGACGUUCAAGAACAUGACUCUCCUCGUCAACUUCGGCCCAACACCGCAAUGCAAAGUCGAUGCCACCUGCGCCAUGCUGCAGGAUGUUGGGGAGGAGGACAUGGAAGUCAUUGAGUCGGAGGAUUUUGCCGCCAGGAAGCCCGAGGUGCUUUUUCCUUUGGGCUUGCCGGAUCACGGCCUUUUUGACUGGGUGGAUCAGUUCCUCCAGGAGAAUCCGAGGAUAGCAGAGCUCAGUGAGCGAAAAGCUAUUGCAUGGGCUGAGAAGAGUGGUAUUCCACAGGGCCCGCGACGUGACAAGUCUCAAGACAGGCCGGGUACGAACUUCGGCAUCGGGGCUCUGGACGAUGGCAGCACCCACAAGGCUCCAGGGGGGCUUUGUCUGCAGCAUCCAAAGCUUUUCGCCAACGUGGUGUCAUCAUCUUCUGGUGUGAUUGCGACACAAGAAGAAUGGUUCUUUCCAAAAGAUGCUGUAUGCCAUGGUGGCAACAGCAGCAACAGCCCGGCACCAGCGCCAGCGCUAGCACCCAAUAGCAGCAACAGCAGCAACAGCAGCAACAGCAGCAGCAACAGCAGCAGCGACAGCAGCAGCAGCAACAGCAACAACAGCAGUGACGACGACGACCACGACGACGACGACCACGACGACGACCACGACGAUGACCACGACGACGACGACGACGACGACGACUACUACUACUACUACUACGGCUGCUGCUGCUGCUGCUACUACUACUGCUACUGCUACUAUUGCAACCAAUUACUACUCCCAUUUCAGUAG